CCUGAUGAUACUGUGACGCUCAAAAAUGUGCGAUAACAAAAACUGAUAAAGACUGUCUUGUCUCGAAAUAAGGCCUAAAACUCCACACGAAGAAGGAAGAAUUGACAAGAUGAGCUUCUAUUCCGGAAGGAGCAGUCCCAGAUCUAAACCGGAAGUUGAUUCUUACGAGAAGGAAGAUCAAUCAAGUUAUGACGACAAUUAUGGAGCGGUAGCGGUUGAUGAGCCCCCAGAGACUCCAGCACUCGGUAAUCCAUUCCGGGGGAUGGAAAAAGAGGAACUGUUACGUCACUCCUCCAAACCGUUCUGGUGGCGCCUCCGUGUGAUGUGUAUCUCCGUGGUAUUGCUGGGAUGGUUAGCCCUUCUCAUCACUGUGGUGGCGCUCGUGUUGAUCUACCCUCGUUGUCGUCAUGAGGACAUGCGCAGAUGGUGGCAAAAUGAAACUAUCUACAGAAUAUAUGUACCCAGUUUUAGUGACAGCGAUGGAAACGGAAUCGGUGACCUAAAAGGUAUAGAAGCCCAUCUCAAUCACAUCCACGACCUGGGCGCGCACACCGUAUCGCUGAGCCCAGUCUACCAGUUAGAUGACGUCGACUCGGACUUCAACGUCAUCGAUCACAUGGCCAUUGACCGGAAAUAUGGGAACAUGAGUGACUUCGAGUCAUUGAUAAAAGCUGCACAUGAUAGAGGUAUGCACCUGGUGAUGGACUUUAUUCCGAACCAUACUAGUGACAAACACCAGUGGUUCAUUAACAGCAGCUUGACGUCAAACCGGACAAACGACUUCCGGAACUUCUACGUUUGGGCUGACAUGCCAACGAACUGGAGAAGUGUGUACAACAAUGACAGCUGGACACCUUCUGAUUUGAGAAGCCAACACUAUCUCCACCAGUUUCUGUCAAGCCAGCCAGAUUUGAAUUUGAGGAGCUCUCAAGUACAGGAAAAGCUCGAGGAAAUCCUAAGAUUUUGGCUCUCUAAAGGAGUAGACGGAUUUUACAUACGAAACAGCGGCUUUUUAUUUGAAGAUUAUGAUCUCCGGAGUGAAAAGAACAGCAGCACAUCAAACAGUUCAGACCCGAAUGAAUAUUCUUACUACGACCAUGCAAUGACAUAUGGACUACCGGAAGUGUACGACAUGUUAUCUCGAUGGCGCACCCUGAUGGAGGAAUACAGUAAUACUACUGAAAGAAUUUUGAUGGCGGACGUGAGAGGAGGCCUGGACAAGAUCAUGUCGUAUUACGGUCACUAUGACAGAGACGGGGUACAUAUUGCCCUGAACGAAGUUUUCCUCUCGGAACAUGACAUAUGUGGCGCCCCCUGCGUCCGGAAGUACAUAACAGAUUGGCUCUCACAGCUCAACGGUCACCAAUGGGCAAACUGGGUGAUUGGUGCCGACGACAGUGAUCGACUUGGAUCGAGAUUUAACGAGAGUUACAUCCGGGCGUUUUUGAUGACAGCCAUGCUUAUUCCGGGGACACCGAUUAUUUACUAUGGCGAUGAGAUCCUUAUGUCAAACACAGAUAUCAACAACUCAGAACCCUGGAAACGCGAACAAAGUAUGCGGGGGCUGAUGCAGUGGGAAAACUCAACAGAUGGUGGUUUUUGUUCUGCCAGAUCAUGUCCGUCACCGCCUUGGUUACCGUCUGAUGGCAAAUUCAGAACUAACAAUGUCAAGGAUAAUAUCAAAUCUGCGGAGUCGGUCAUCAAUUACCUCAGAAAUCUGACGUCAUUACGAAGAGAGAAAACCUUUCUAGUUGGCGAAUUCACGACAGCAAUAACCGACGACAGCAUCUUCUCGUUUGUUCGAGAGUUUGACGGUAUAACGGGAUACCUGGUCGUCAUUAACUUCAGUCACGAGGAACAGACACGUGAUUACUACUUAAGCCACGGCAGUAUUGAGAAAGCAGCAACAGUUGAGCUAACGACCGGAAGUGACGUCGGUUACUACCCGGAAGAUGAUAUUGACACGAGGUCAAUAACUCUGGGCAGUUACCAGGGCGUGGUCGUUUCGUGGGACUACGUGGCGAAAGAACUGUAACACGUUCCAACGUGGCAUACUAGCAAAGGAUCAAAAACGCCCUGGUGACAAAAUUUAAUAGGCUUAUUGGCGUUACCAGUGCAGCGAAAUAUUCAUUAUCAUCGUCGUUGUCGUCUAACGAAUUAAAGGCUCAAUAAUAAACCUCAAAAACAAUUCAAAUUAACCAUAUCCAUAUAUUAUGUCAUAUUUUCUCACACACAUUAGAGAGAAAAACAUUCGCAUUGUAACAUUUUCCCCAACGUUUUCAUAAUGCCCUUGAUUAAACUCCGUUUUACUGUUAUUUGCUUUUAAGAACAAGGAAAUGAUCUUUAAUUAAGUGAUUACUUUAUAUUUUGUGCGGCAUUUUUAUUUCACCAAAAUAUUUUGUCACAAAACAGUCAUAUAACUUUACUUGCUGUGAUAAGAUUGUGGUAAAUAUUAGAUUAUGAAAGAAUUAAAGCAAUACAUUACCAUGGAGAUAAAUUAUUAUGUUUUUCCUUUUUAUCACAUACAAUCGUAUCAUAUGCAGUUAUCUCCCCUAUACAUUUAUUACAUUGCCCUGUAUUUUUUUCUGGUGUCACAGCACAAGGUGUCCCCUGGCUACAUCCAAUCUGUAUCAGCGUUCACAGGAGAAUAACUCUUCAAGAAGUGGUACUCAAACGUCAAACUUCCGAUUAAAAAUAUUUUCUUAUUUCACA